UUAUACCAUGGCAUGAUGGAGUCCACCCCAACAGAACCUAGCACAACACUGUUUUUUGCAUAUGGGAGUCAUAUGUUGACAGUGAGAAAUGAAUUAGAUAAUAUUAGAGCUGAAUUUGUUUCCAUUGCACGUUUGGAUAAUUACAGAUUGGAUUUCAUCAGGUAUUCAAAGUUUUGGGGCGGGCCGCAAGCUACAGUGGUGCCCACAGCAAACGCUCAGGUCUGGGGUGUGAUUUGGAAAGUCAACAAAGAUGAUAUAGAAAUUAUUGAUGAAAACAAACAAGUGCAUCUCAAAAGAUAUUACAUUAUAUAUACUGAAGUUAACACUCCGCACAUGGGUAAAUUAGUUUGUCGGGUUUAUAUACAAAAAAUUAACCCGCUGCCCCGUGGAGAUAAUGAUGACAUACCUGUGGAGCAAUGGCCCUCGCGCACUUAUAAAAAAGUAAUGAUUCUUGGUGCAAUUGAACACAACCUACCAUAUUACUACAUCCGUAACUUGAAGAAACUGAAACACAACGGCGAGUUCGGGUGCUACAGAAUGGCCAAACUCUUGAAAUUAUUUACAACCAGGUAUCCUUGUACAUGCAGGUUAUAUGAUCCAAGACGACCCAGGAUAUUGGAUAUGAAAAAGUUGAGAGAGAAGAUGAAAGUUAAAUAA